AUGUCGCAGCGGCAGACGCCGCAGCCGCAGCCGCAGCCGCAGCCGCAGCCGCAGCCGCAGCCGCAGCCGCGAUCUCCGUUCGUGACGAGCGUGCCGGCGCACGGUGGCGACACUGCGGCAGCGAUGGCCGCGCUCUCAUCCACGGCGGCAAAGGACGAGCCACCAACCGUCUCGGCAUUGGUGCAAGAGCGAGGGAAGGGGAAGACGGACGCACACAGCACGCGCCUCUUCACACCGGACAGCAACCACAACGGCGGCAGCUCAAUAGCCAUCGGCUGCGUCAAGAGCAAUAGCGUCACGGGCGACGUUGCUGGGUUGCUGCCCCCCCGUCACAAGUCCUCAUCGCUGUUGGUGUCGCCGCGAGGUCGGAAGUUGUCGGCCGCACGGAUUCCCGUCCGGGCGGGGUCGCGGGCGCAGCUACUAGCAUCAGUUUCCGCCUCAAACACGGAUAGGGGCACUGGUAAGGAGACGGCGCAACCGCGGCCCGACCAGAGGCGCAAAGAGCAGCGAAGACGAGAGCUGUACGCCUGGAACGAGGAGCUGCGGCGGCGACAGCAAAGUGCCGCAUCCGCGGCGGAUGCGGUCUAA